AUGGGUAAUCAACAGACUCUAUUUUCGCAAGCUCAGACCUUACGAAAGGCUGGUAAACGGGCCUAUCACAAGAAAAAUUAUCAGCAAGCCCGGGAAUGUUUUAAUCAAGCUUUGGAUCUAACUAAAUGUUUGACUAAUCGGAGAAACAAUCCACUUCGAUUUCAUAUUUAUCUGGAUAUUUCCAUUACUUUUAGAGAAGAAUUUCGUUUUGAAUUGGCCUUAGCAAAUUGUUUUCAAUCACAAAAAAUAGCUGAAAAAAUGAAAGAUUUAUCAAGUCUCGCUCAAUGCUUCUAUAAUCAAGGACUUAUUAAGACUAGGAAAGAAUUGUAUAAAGAAGCGUUAGAUGAUUACAGGAAAUGUUUGGAUCUAAUACCAAAAGCAAAAAAACAGAAAGUUGCUAAUAUUUAUCACGAGAUUGGUUAUGUUCUCUCUCGUAUGUCUCAAUUUGAAGAAGCAUUAUCCAUGUAUCGAAAAUCUCUUCACAUUCGACUUAAAUUACCAGGAAUAGAUCAUUUAGAUGUUGCUAUAUCUUACAAUAAUAUUGGACUGAUUUACUAUCACCAAUACCAAUACGAUUAUGCUAUAGAAAUGCUGCAGAAAUGUGCUACAAUUCAAAGAAAAAUUUUCGGCGAUAAUAGCUUGAGUAUUGCUAAUUCAUAUAACAAUUUCGGAUGUAUCUAUUAUCGACAAUUUCAAUUCGAUAAAGCACUGGCUAUGUAUCAGAAAUCUCUUUCUAUUCAGCGACAAACAUUGGAAGAGAGUAAUCUCGAUAUAGCUAUAUCAUACAAUAACAUUGGUGGGAUAUAUGACAGUCAGUGUAAGUAUGGAGGCGCUCUUUUAAUGUAUCAGAAAUCACUUAAUAUUCAACAAGAGAUACUUGGUGACCACAAUUUAGAUGUUGCUACUUCAUAUAAUAAUAUUGGUUGUAUAUUCCUCCAUCAACAAAGAUAUAAAGAAGCUUUAUCAAUGUACAAUAAAUGUCUAAUUAUUCAAGUACAAAUUUUAGGAGAAAUAAGCUUAUAUGUUGUUAUCACCCAGGAAAAUAUUGCUAAUGUUUAUUAUCAUCAAGGUCAAUAUGAUCAAGCAAUUUAUUUUUAUAAAAAAAGCAUGGAAUCGCGAACAAAUAUAUAUUCAGAAAAUCACUCAUCUGUUAUUACUAGUUGUAAAAAAAUUGCCGCAAUACACAUAAUGCAAGGAAAAUAUAUAGAAGCCCGUAAAAUAUUACAGAGAGCUGUCUAUUUUCGCUCUAAACUGCUCGAUAUAAAGAAAGAAUUUAGAAAUAGAGUACCUAUUGAAAUAGAGUCGAUGAAAUGUGCUGUUAUAUUUUUCUGUACAUCACGUGCUGAAUAA